AUGUUAGAAGAUAAGAAUGCAAAAGAGAAUGCAAAAGAGAAUGAUGUAGAGAAUGUUGUAGAGGAUGUUGUAGAGGAUGAAGAAAAGGGUGAAGAAAAGGAAGAGGACAAGACUCAAGCUAGUGGCGCAACAGUUGACAAUAAUGAUGCUACUAAUACCAUAGCUCAGACUGAAUUAAAACAAACUGAACCUCCUACUAUUCCUGUUAGUAAAUUUUAUCCUGAUGGAAUAUAUCCAGAAGGAGAAAUAUGUGAAUACAAAAAUGAAAACCUUGACAGAAUGCUUUUUGAUGGUUAUAAUGACAUUCGUCGUGCUGCAGAAGUACAUAGACAGGUACGUAAACAUGCUCAAAAAACUAUUAAGCCAGGAAUGACAAUGAUAGAAAUUUGUGAGUUAAUUGAAAAUUCGACUCGGUUAUUGAUAGAAGAAAAUGGAUUGUCAGCAGCACAUUAUACACCAAAUUCUGGAGAUAAAACAGUGCUACAAUAUGAUGACGUUUGUAAAAUUGAUUUUGGGACACAUGUUAAUGGUCGUAUUAUAGAUAGUGCUUUUACGCUAGCCUUCAACCCAGUUUAUGAUAAUCUUAAAGCUUCUGUUAAAGAUGCUACAAAUACUGGUGUUAAAGAGGCAGGUAUUGAUGUAAGAUUGGGUGAUAUCGGGGCAGCUAUCCAAGAAGUUAUGGAAAGUUACGAAGUUGAAAUAAAUGGAAAAACACAACAAGUUAAACCAAUACGUAAUUUACAUGGACAUUCAAUACUUCCAUAUCAAAUUCAUGGAGGUAAAUCAGUUCCUAUUGUCAAAAAUGGAGAUCAAACCAAAAUGGAGGAAGGAGAAUAUUUUGCUAUUGAAACAUUUGGAAGUACGGGGAAAGGGGUUGUUCAUGAAGAUGGAGAAUGUAGUCAUUAUGCAAAACGACAAAAUCUUGGACAUAUUCCUUUAAGGGUUGCAAGAACAAAAGCACUUUUAAAUUCAAUCAGCAAAAAUUUUGGUACACUUCCAUUUUGUCGUCGUUAUCUUGAUCGAGUGGGAGAGACAAAAUAUGCAUUAGCAUUAAAGAAUUUGGUUGAUGCAGGUGCAGUGGAAUCAUAUCCGCCACUGGUUGAUAUUAAAGGUUCAUAUACUGCCCAGUAUGAACAUACAAUAGUUCUAAGACCUACAUGUAAAGAAAUACCAUAUUUAUAUAAAGUAUAUUCAUCAAAUGAUACAGAUAUGAAAGGGUAUCUGACAUAUUACACUACAUACGUUAGUUUGAAUCAAUUAGAAAUUUUAAAGAGUUUGCCAACAGAUUCAGAAAUCAAGGGAAUAAUUCAUAUUGCAUAUAAACAAGCAACAGCUCUUGCAAAGAUUCUCAUGAUGAAAGAUUGA